AUGAUGAGUUUCUUGCCUCUUCCAGCCGCGCCGUAUGCCACAAUUGGCAAUAGCGUGCGAUACAGAGGAUUGUCAACACCACAUUUGUUGUUUAGUGUCUGCUGGUCUUCGAGUUGUAUGUUACUACUCUGGCUAUGUACUUUUUCCACCGUGAGAGCGUGCCACGACAACCGAGGCUACUAUUUAUCUAAUAUUCUCCGGGACCAAAUUUUGCUCUGCCUGCAGCAACAGCAUUGCUUUGUUACGUCUUUUCAGCUGUCUUCAAGUCCAACAUCCAUAACCACAACUUCUCGUUAUACUCUCCAGCAGGGUCUUCAGGCAAGUGCCGCUGGGUACAGAGCCCAUGAGCUCAGGAUUGUCCUUGUCCUUGACACGUUCCAAAAGCUAGAGUUGUCCAGUGACAUCUCACGAUGCAUCGCGGCCCGUUCAAAUUGGGAGCGCGGGGAGCCCAGCGGUGGCGCAACGUCGCUUUGGUGUCAAGGCGCCACGGACUUAGCCGGCCAAGUUCCAUCUGUCCAGUUAGAAUCAGACGAUUAG